AUGGACCAACAGAAUCAAGGCUCAGCCUCAUCUAUUCAAAACAAGCGAAAGAGGGGUCGUCCUCGCAGAGAUGAAGAAGGAGAGACUCAGCAACAACAAGUUACUACCACCACUGAUGAUGAUAGUCUGAUAGGUCAAGUUGUUUCUGGUGUGGUUGAAGGCUCUUUCGAGGCUGGAUAUUUCCUCAAUGUAAAGGUCGUUGACACGGAUAAGCAACUGAAAGGCCUCGUUUUCUUACCAGACAGAGUCAAUCCAGUUACCCCAACAACUGAUUUGUUCCCCCAAGCUAAGAUGUAUGCAAGAGAAGACAUCCCAAUUCCCUCUUUCAACCAACAAACUCCACCUCAGGGGAACAAAGAUAAUGGGAACCAAUCUACUAUGGUGCACGAUGGUGUUGGUUCUGAGGCUGUUGAUGAGAUGAAUGACCCUGUGGAUACAGAGAUGAAAGAUGUUGGAGGCUCUUCUGCAGAGGAGAAACUCACUGAACCUGAAGGUCAAACUCUCUCUCUGAUGCCACAGUUUGCUAGUGAUGAUGCGCUCAAAGACGAUCAUACUGCCGUCCUGAGAUCUGAUUCUGAAGCUUGUGGUGAAACGACUGAAACGAAUCGGAAGCAAGACAGAGGAACCAGUUCGACGCUGAGCCUUGAACUCUUUCAGAACGAGACUAAGCGAUCAGGAACUGAGGAUGAGAAAACUUCUGCUGAGACCGUUGAUGAUGUGCCAGAGGAGCUUCAGCUAGAGCUUGGUAACAAGAAAAUGAGUGCUUCAGCCAUUGCUAGUCCUGAUCGCUCUGCUUCAUCGAAAGGUGGGUUCUUGGCGAAUUUGUUUGAAAGAAGAGAAGAAACGGAGAAGGAAGCAGAAGAAUCUAAUGCAGGUUUAGAGAGUGGCUUACCGGAGGCAACAAGACAAGUAGAUGGUAAUGAAUCUUGA